CUAUGAGCCAGCUAAACAACAAUUUAUAUCAAAAACAGAAGUUGUUUCACAUCACUUCUCAGAAGUUGUAGGCUUGGAGCCUUAUACCACCUAUUGGUUUUCUGUUUAUGCUUAUAAUACACGUGGACUGAGUGAAUUAACAGACAGAGUGUAUGUGCAGACCUUGGAAGAUGGUAAUUAGUGCUGUUUUAAAAUGCACCAUUCACACUCACUUCUUUGAUCCCAGCUUUAAUAAAUUUAAUAGAAGCUCCUUGUAGACAUCAAGUAAAAAAUAACAUUUAAAAAUACUAUGAUUUAAAAACUGUCAUAAAGUAAAUUGAUUUAUUCAUGGUGAGGAUUUUUUUUUUACAUAGUGGUUCCCACCAAUAAAAUUGUUUAUUGACCAUUCAAAUUCUCUCUGUACACCCUUCUGUUUUCUCAAUGGAAGAUGAAAAUGACAUUAAUUUGUUUAAUAAAUUACUCUUAGAAUUCUCAAAUGUACAAAUUUGCCCCUGGCAUCCUUUUGAGAUGCACUGUGGUGCAAUGCGACACUUUAGAAACAAUCACACUAUGGUGGGCAAUAUGUAUUAACAAUUCAUAAAUCUAUUAUAAAGAUUAGGCAUUUACACAAAAGGCCUAACAUUUUUAGCUCCUUGCCACACUUUUACCUUUUUUAUAAAGGUAAUUCCAAAUUAAAUGUACAGCUCAUGUAUGACAUCUGAAGUAUUUCACCUAUCUUAUUUACAUGUUGGAAAGACAAUAUCAUAGCUUUUAAAUUUUUUUUAUUAUAAUAAAUUAUCUUGGAGUAUUUUCUGGUCUAAAAAUAUAGAUGUAAUUUUGCAAAUAAAAAAUAAUUCUACAUGUUAAGGAAUAGAUUUUAAUAUUUUAAAUCUAUUAUCUAUUUUGAAAGUUACAGAGUAAAUAUAAGCAAACUACACAACACACUAGUCCUUAUCCUAAUCUUUCUCCACGGCUCACUGUGCUGCUGCAAGUAGUCAUUUUGCUGUGGGAACAGCUUACAAAAAAAAUACUAUCAUGCUUUGGAAUAACUCAUGAAAGUCAAGACUUUUUAAAAUCACUCAGAAAACUUGCACUAGAAUCUAGUUGGUGUUUAAAUGUGUGUUUUCAAGUUUUAUGUAGCAAAAAAAUUAUGAUGUUAAGAUUCCUCUCUCUCCCCACCACACCCACCCUUUCUUUCUAAUUUGUUAGUUCCAGCAGCCGUUCCCAAGAUAACUGUCUCUGUUCAUGAAUAUUACAAUGCUCUGGUCACUUGGACACCACUUAGUCUUGCCCAGAGCAGGGGGAUUGUUACAGGCUACCGAGUGUACUAUCGUCAGCCUAUUGAUGAAGUUGAAAUUGUAACAGAAUUAUCAGCUGACCAAACAUCUUGCCUCAUAAGUAAGUUAAUUUGUUAUAAUUCUUUCAUUUUGAUCAUAUUGAGCAGUGUGUCAUGUGGGUUUGAAUUGAGUUUCAUCUUUUGCUUCUGGAAAUAUGAACACAUUUUUAUGCAUGAAGUGAUUAUUUAUUGCUGCAAGCCGGCUUUUGGUAUGAGUAUGUUAAAGCAGGGCUAUUAGAGUAUUUAGAGCCACCAAUAUCUUUUAGUGAAUUUGAUGUUAGCUUCAUAAUUAUAUAGCAUAAAAAUAUAUAAAAUCUAAACAUUUCUUCAACAGCUGGCUUGGAGCCUGGAAGUACAUAUGAAGUAUUAGUACUGGCAUCUACGAGUGCUGGUUUUCCAAAGCGUGAUAAUGUGCAAUGGACCACAUUUUCUUUGCCGCCAGCAGAUAGUAAGAAGUGUAUUGUAUUUAUAUUGGCUUGUUUUGGCUCUAUGUCGUAAUUCAGAUAUGGCCGGUCUGUGGGUCUCCUCCACAUUAAAUUUUUCAGCUGUAGGAUGCAUAAUAAAUAAACUUCAUCUUUCAUUAUACAUAGAAAUAAAUGUUGAAAGUUAAGCAAGAAAUAAGAUUAAAAAAAUAUAUUAGUUUAGUUUUAUUUUGCUGUGUUCAUUUAACUUUCGUUGUGUUCAGUAAGAACAGAUAAAUUAUUAUAUAAAGAGUUAUGUUUAGCUCAUUUAUUUGGUUUAUAAACAUGGCUUUUGAAAAUUUAAAUCACUAUCAAUAUAGCGUGCAAAGUUAUGUUUGUUGGCCACUUCUGCUUUAGUUAUAUGAUGUUUAAUUUGUUUUUUUUCUUGUGUGCAUUAAAAAUAAAAAUCUGUUACUUCUCUUUUUUUACUGUCAUAUUAUUCAUAAAUUAGCACUUUUUAUAUUUUCAAAAUUGGCUUAGCAAAUACAAAUUUGUGUACUUUUUUGCAAUCAGACUCAAGUCCUCCUAUGCUCAGUAUCAAGUAUGUCAACAUGUCAGCUGUUAAACUUGAAUGGCAGGCUCCCAAAAUAGAUCCACCUCCUUCUGGUGACCAUUCUGUCAUUGGUUAUGAGCUUGAAAUUCCUGUUGGUGAAGAUGAUGAUGACUCCAUGCUAGUCAAAUUAUUGCCAUCAGAUCAAUCCUACUUGCUCACAGAUUUAGGCGAGUGUUAGUUGUACGCUUUUGAUUAGUUUUAGAUAAAACCACCCCCCCCCCCAUCAUUUCACAAAUACUUGUCUUGUAAGCCUCUAUUUAUGUAUGCAAUGGUAUCAGGCUUUGCUCAAGUAAUUUGAAAUCAUUUUUAUUAGUUUUUGAUAAAACCCCCCCCCCCCCCAUCAUUUCACAAAUACUUGUCUUGUAAGCCUCUAUUUAUGUAUGCAAUGGUAUCAGGCUUUGCUCAAGUAAUUUGAAAUCUUGCAUGGUGAAAAUAUAAUUUUUCCUUCAUGAACACUUUUUUCUUUUUUUUCUAGUUGAUCUUUAUCCAAUUUUAACAUUCUCAUUUACAGAUAAUGAGAAAUCAUAUGUGGUCACUCUGUAUGCUAAAACUAAGUCAGGGUUAUCAGCUCCUAUAACUCGUGACUUUAAACUGGAAGCCUUAGCUCAACAGCUGGUGCCCAGUAAUUUUAUAGCAUCAGAAGUCACUUCAAACAGCGUCUUAUUGGAUUGGUCACCCAUUGCAGCUAGUGUCACAGCAUAUGAAGUCUGCUAUUGUAUUGAACUAGACAAAUCAGAUGGGUUAUGCAGAACAAGGUAAUUUUUAGUUUUAUUUAACUAUUUAUUCUGCAUAUGAAUUACUUUUAGAUCUAUUUUCUAUGAUUUACUAGUUUUUGAUCAACCUGAAUUUGUCUAUCGUGCAACACUUGACACAAUAAAUAUUAAAAAAUACCACACAAAUAGAGCACUGCUUGAAAUUGCGUUAGACAAAAAAAAAUAUUGCCUCAACUCAUUUUAUGUGAAAGAUUUUCAUUCUGGCAAAUAGUUCAGCAAAAUGGUGAAACAUUUGCCAAUAGCAUAUUUACUAAUCUUUUGUCCAAAAUUUAAAAUAAAAACAGCUUUUAUGUCAAAAGUUAGUAAAUAUCUGACAGUUUUUGUUUUAACACAGUGCAUUUUUACCUAGACUCACUAAAGAAAAAUAACAGUGCAAAUUUUACAAAAUAGAUGAAUAUAUGGCUUGAUGGGAUAUAUGGCUUGAUGGAUAAGUGAUAGUUAUUGUGUAAACAUUUUAACAAACAGAAACUAAGAGUUUUAAAGGGCAACAUUAAGUUAUUGUUGCAUUCAAAUACAAGAAAAGCUAAAGGGGUUGAAAGACACAGUUGUGUAAUGAUUAACUUAUGUCAUCAUAACUCGGUAAAGGUGGUGUGCAAAAAUAUGCAGAUUUUUUUUUUUUAUUUGUGUUUAUUAGGAGUUGAAAUUUAAAAAGAAAUGGGAACAUACUUAAGUUGCAUUAAUUUUAAUUGAUUGCUUAUUAAUUUCUGUCAUCUUAGUAACCUGACUUCAAUCAUUGUACCUGAGUUAGAGCCUUUCAAGUGGUAUGAAUUUAAGAUACGUGCUUUGAUAGCAAGUGGUAAUGGAGACUUCAGCAACCUUAUUACAGUACAAACAAAAGAAGGCAGUGAGUUAUUUUUACUUUUUUUGGGGCUUAAUUGUACAUAUUUUCUUGGUUCUUGCUUGAAGCACCCAUCAGGCUUGAGUUAAGUAUAAUUUCAGACCUUUUUACUUAUAAGAUUUUGGUGUAAAUUAUAAGAUUUUGGUGUAAAUUGUAUGAUUUUUAGAUAUCUUUUGCGAUUGUACACCAAGACCUGUUAGAAUUAUGAUUUAAAGAGACCGUUUUGAAAAUUUGUACAUUCCGGUAGUUUUUACAAUUAAAAAAGGAUUUUUAACCCAUAAACUGUGGCAUGCAUCAUUCUGUGGUGUGGAGCUUUUCAGAGUGUUUUGAGUGCCAUUUGAAAUUGCAUUAAAUGACAGAAAUAUUGAUAGAAGACCCUUAUAAGUAUAUAUUUUUAGAAAAGUAAAUGGAUGGGAAUAAAGUUGACCAUAUUGCCCACCCUGUAAAAAAAUUUUUACUCAGUGUCCUUGACCUUGGAGUUCUCAAGAAAAAAAAAUCAACAAAAUGUCUUGCUUUCAAGUGCUCAUAACAUCUUUAAUUUUUAUAGAUUCACUUAAAACACAAAUCUAAAUGUUGUAGCCAAUUCAUUUAUCUUUAAGAAAAUGUAUUUUUUGCUAAGGUUUUGAUUGCAAUUAAACCCCUGAAAGCAAUUUUAGUAAUUUUAGGUCAUUUAUAUAAGAAACUGGGACCACUGCUAAAACCAAGUACAAAAUACAAAAUCUCAGGCAAAAUAGUUUUUAUUGACUAGUAAACAUUUAAAAAGGAACUGUGGACCUGAUUUGGGUUGUUAAACUAUAAAAUUUAUUAGUUCUGAACUAUAAUCUGUAGCUUCUGUGACUAAAAUUCACUCAGUCCUUGCCCAACCUCCUGGGCCUGGCUCGAAGUCUAACAGUAGCCUCUGUAGGCCUACUUCAGUAUCACUAAGACUGGUAUAAAAUUCGCGAGAAGAAUAAUCUCAACUGAUAUCGUCAUGGGGAAUGUUAAAAUCAUCAUCAGUAUCACUUAAAACCUAUCCUAAAAAGCUUUCAAACAUAUUUCUAUUAGUUCUUGCACUGAAGGCCCAGCCAUGGCCUCAACCAUUUUAGCUUAAAAAAAUAGCUAUACAAAACUCUGAUUAAAAAGUAUUUAUUUUCAAGUUAUUAACGAAACAGCUUGAACCGGAAGAUUUAUUUAUUAAUAAAAGGACGUGGCUAUAAUUCCGGUUAAAUAUUGGAUUGGAAGUUGCUAUCAGACUGUGUCUUUUAUUGGCCGCCACAGUACAGAACGAGAAAUUCGGCCAAUUUUUUCGGCCGACCACAGUUUGUGGGUUAAUAUGCUCUCUUCCUUUCAUCCACUUACAGCUUGUGGUAGUUAUUAGACUGUAAUAUGUUAAUGGGAAAUAGGCACAAUCAUUCAUCUAAUUUUAGAAGUUACCAUUUUUUUAUGCCAGAUUAACUCGAUCCCACUAGACACGCAAUGGGAGUAGUUAUUGUAAAUAUUGUAAAUAAUGUAGGAUUAUUUAUUAACUAUUAAGAAAUCGGUACUAUAGUGUACGAUACAAUUUUGAAACGAUAUUGUAUGAUUUUAGGAGAUUGAGGGUAAACAGGUCUGCAUUUUCAAAGAAAUAUUGUCAAAUAAUUCCAUUAAGAAUAUUUUUGAAUUUUCAAAUGAAAUAUUUAACCUUUCAUACUAAAACCCAGAAAGCAUUCCAUUUUUUAAUAUUGUUUUUAUUUUGUGAUUUAAAAAUUGCUGUUGUGUUAUUUAACAGAAUCAUCCGCUCCACUGAACUUCACACUGGAGAUAAUCAAACCUGGUUUCGUGCGACUAAUAUGGCUCCCACCUGCAGAGCCCAAUGGAAUCAUUACAUCAUAUGUAAUUUUAUACACUAAAGAGAGUGAAAAUACAGGAGAUUUCAAGUGGAAGGAAAUAACACAGCAGCCUCCUUUUACAUUCACAGAGAAAGGUAUAGUAGGUUAUUAUUAGUUUUAGCAGGUUAUUAUUAGUUUUAGCAGGUUAUUAUUAGUUUUAUUACUUACAGACAUUUAUUAAUAACUUAAACCUUUUAUUAUCCAUAUUUGUAGAAAAUAAUGUUGAACACUAAAGGUCUGAAAGGAAUGUACGAUAUAGCAUAUAAUUAAUGGAUAAGUAUUAACAUUUUUAAAAUUAAUAAUAAAUCAAACUAAAUAGUUUCCACAAAUGUCAGAUUUGAGCUGCCGGUUCAAAAGUCUCUUACCCUCUCCGUUGCUUCUCAACUACGUUUCAGCAAACUUGGUCUUCCUGCCAUUUAAUUAUUACCUGGAACAUAGAUAGCCCACAGAUUAGGUCCACCAUCUUCAUCCCUCUGUAUUUUUUUUAAAUUUUAAGUGAAAAGCUAGGUUUCAGAGGUUAACAGAAAUUAUAUGUGUGUAAUAAUUAAAAUUAAACUAGCAAAUUAUGUUAGCAAAUAACCACUCUUUUAAGUUUAUAUCUGUGGUGCAUAUUUUCCUCACUUUUAUUUGUGAUAACCAACAAAAGGAUGAAAUUGUAAAAUCAGAAACUUUGAUCUCAAAGUACCAAUCAACUAAAUUUUCUAUGUACCAGGUAUAUCAGCACAAGUUGAAGAAUUGGACGCUGGUCGCUAUUACUUUAAGUUGGCUGCUGUGAAUAGUGUUGGCCAAGGAAUACCCACAGACAAUCUGACUAUUGAAUUCAAAUGUCAGUAUGACUCAUCUUUGCUGUGCAAGGAACCUGUACUUCCAAAUACAAUUGGUAAAAUUAGUUUUCAUUUAUAUUUUUUAAUCAAGAUUCCAUCAUACAGUUAAGUAAAUGAGCUUUAAGAAAAUGUUGAAUAGCAACAUAGUUAUAUUUAAAAACUUCUGCAUUAUAUAUAUAUAUAUAUAUAUAUAUAUAGAAAGAAAGCAAUAAUGGAUUAUUUUUAGUAAAACUUAUAUCAUUAACAUUUGUACUCGUUUAAAAGCUUGAAAAGUGUAUAACACUCUCAUGUUGACCCAUAUAAUAAAAUAAUAUGCAAGGACAAGCACCACAGUACAAUGGAAAAUAAUUUUUGUUUCGAAAUCCAGACUUUAAAAAAUAAUUUUUGUGUAGGUAAAAGACUUAAAAAUUAAUAACUUACAGUUUAAUGUAUAGGACAGUUACUGGCUAGAUUAAUAAACUUACAGUUUAAGGUAUAAGACAGUUACUGGCUAGAUUAAUAAACUUACUAUGGUUUAUUGUAUAGGACAGUUACUCUACUCGCUUGGCAUGUCUGAAACAUACUGAACAUUUCAAAAAAUAGAUGACUGCCACUUGAAAUAAAAACACUUGUCUUUGUCUGCCUGUGUUAUGCUAUAAAUGUCAAUGAACAAGUAUGAAUGUCAUUAUUGCAGUCUUGUAACUGGUAUUAAAAAGAGGUCUGGUGCUGGUAUCAAACUGUAAUGAAAUGAGAGAUGCUCUGACUGUUAUAAAAAUAAAAUACAACUGCUGCUACAAUGUUAUAAAAUGUGACAAUCUGAUCCAAAUGUGUGGAACAGUUUGGAAUGCAUUGUUAGAACCCAAACUUGUGACCCUAUUUUGCCUUAGGGUGACAUUGGUUAGAUCUAAUUGCUUUUUUCGUCAUUGUUUUCAAUUAACAAAUCAACCUGACAAGAAAAUUAUAGAAAUCUCCUACGACCAGCUCAUAAAGCUGAUCACCCCACUACUCUCCCCCCCCCCCCCCCCCCCCCAAAAGCCUUUGUCAUCAUCUCUUAGUAAUGAUGACCACUAAACUAAUCAAUUAAAUUUGACAGGUUUUGAAUUUAUAUGCAAAAUGUUUUAUGCAAAGUAUAGCUCUUUAAAAUUAUUUUUGAAGCAAAGAAAAAGUAUUUUUUUAAAAAAAACAUUGCUUUUUUUUUUCCCCUCUUUUCUCUCCCCCCCCCCCCCCCCCCUCUCUCUAAUGUCAUGUGUUAGCAUUUAGAACUAGUUAAUUUACUUUAAACCAUAGGUCUCAUGUGUCACUGAAUUCAUCUUUGUUUAUUUUAUUUUUUUAGAAUAGCAAUUGUUUAGAAGUACCAUUCUUAUCAGCCUCCAUGGGAAGCAUUUUUAUGAAAAUUGUAUCACUUACAAUCUAGUUAAAUUUUAGGGAGUUGGUUAUUUUGAGAUCUGUUUACAAGAUUAUUUACAACUAUUUAGCAUACACAUUUUGAUAUAUAAAGAAUAAGGAAAAUGGGGGCUGAAAGUAAUAGGAUAGUGUGCACCAGUAGCUAACCCAAAUCAGUAAGCUUAAAGAACCUGACAUGGAUCUACCUCGUGUGUUACAACUCAGGGAUCAGUCAACAUAUUGCUUUAUUCAUUUACCCAUCCUCAGUCUCUAUGAAGAAGAAAAAAAAAAAAAGGAAAGUGUCAUUAAAAUAAUUGUUAAAAAUAAACUUUAAUUUAUUUAAUUAUUGCUAUUAGCUUGCAACUGUUUUUUUUAAUCAUUAAUGUUUCUUUAACAGACACUCUUUUGGUGUGUGUACCGGUCUUAGUGAAUGAUAUGUGUGCAUGUGUUGUAGGAAUUGCACUCAAUACUUAACACACAGACUUUGACUACAUUACAGUAUCUACCUCUUGCAAUAGAUAAGCAGUAUGUAUCUUUACGAACUCAACUGCAUCAUUUUUGAAAUAUCACUCAUUAUAUAUGUCUGAAGUCAUUAACUUGUGACACAUUGUAGCACAAACGCAUCAGAUAAAGAAAAAUUGACCUUUUCCUGUACUGGCAAAGAAAUAUUUAUUAAACCCUCAUUUAAGACUUUUAUGAUUAAAUGUCCCUAAUUUUUAUCCUUUUAAUCUCUUUAAUUAUAAAUUAUUAAUAGCAACAUAUUUUUAAAGGCUUAAUCAAAUAUUUAAAAGUUUUUUUAAAUUUAUAUCCAUGUUUUUUUUUCCUAUCUCGCAUUUUGAUCUUGAAAUUUUUAAGCUAGUCUAUAUAGAAUAGGUCUUAGUCAAUUCAUGCAAUGCCUAAAUUUUUUCAUCAUUUAAAUUCUUUGAUUUUUGUAUCUGAAGUGACAUUAUUUGGUAUUAAAGGUUUAAAGUUUUAAAAUGUGAAAAUAUCCAUUUCUAAAAUGGGAGUCCAAGAAGUUCUAGUUAAUUUAUAUAAAAUAUUAUGCAAAGCAUUUCUUAAAAAUGAUGUAAGACAGAAAGAUUUUUAUAUUUUUCCUAAGGACAGGAAGUAAAUUGAGAAUAUUUCAAGUUUGGGCCUUGAGCCCGCUUUUUAUUAUGUUGCAGACAUCCAUCUCCUCAUUCUCGUUUUAGUUGGGAAUUUUAUUUGACUGUGUUUAUUGUGUAUUUACUGUUGUAAAUAGUUCUAUUCAUUUUUACAUGAUAGUGGGCUGGGAUGAUUUGUGAAUAUUCAACUAAUGUAAAUGACAAUUAUUUUUUUGUUUUGUUUUGGUUUUAUGAAAUCACAGAUGCCCAAACUGUAUCUCAGGAGUACCGGUACUUUAUAUGACAGAUCACAUCAGUUUCUGGUAGCAUUAUGUCAAAUAUUCAUUCACUGUAGUUUUUGCCGUAGUGAAUGCCCUUCAUCCUCCCUUAGUUAAGUCUUCAAACUUGAAGGCUAUAUGUUCAUGGUUUUGAUCAUGUUGUCUUAAAAAGUCAUUAAUUUUUUUUACAUUUUUAUUUCAAUCCUUGUGAUGGCAUACUUUGGAAUAAUGAUAAGCUGUACUAACUAAUGACAUGAACAAAAACUGUAGCCAGAAGCGCCAAGCCUAUUGUUGACUCACCCAGAACACGCUGCCUGACUUGCCCAUACUGAUCAGGCCACAAAACUGCAUGAAUGGAAAAAACCUUUCUCUCAAAACAACCCCACCCCCGUAUGUUAACACCCAAGCUGCAUUAGAAUAGUUACCAGAAAAAAAAGCUCUUCCAAUUAAAAUUUAUUAAAUCUGUAAAGCAGGUAUAAAGGGAAGGAAACUGUUGAAUCAGAAAUAUUGAUUUUAAAAAUCUAUAUCUGUGUAUAUAGUCAAUUGGAGUUUUGUUUUAGGAUGGUGUUUGAUGAAGUCUAUAACAGUGUAACAGACAUCAACCUGCUAAUGUUUUUGAGUAUCAGCUUUAUUCUGUUUUCUUUCCUAAUAAUUUACAUACAACUAUCAUGGUAAAGCUAUUGCUUUGGUAAGUUUCAUUUCAGAAGUUUGGAAUGUGUCAAAAUUUAGGGAUGCUAGUAUUUGAAAUAUUUUAACUUUAUUUCAUAAUUGUCAAAAUGACAAUUUAAAAAUUAAUUUCCAUACUUAAAAAAGAUUAAUCUAUAUAAAAUGAAAUUUAUUGGAAAAAAUUUUUUAUUUUUUUUUGGUCCAAGAUUUUGUUUUUGACAAUGAUUUGUUCUGAUACAUUUGCAAUUUUAAAAAAAAAAAAACUUUUAAAAGUUUUAUUUUGUUCAACAUUAUUAUUAAAAUCUGUUUAAAAUGUUACUUUUGAAAUCUUUGUUUCCAUAUUUAAGUUAAACAUUGGUCAUGAUCUGAUACAUUGUUUUCUUAACCCCCCCCCCCCCCAUCUGCAUUAGAAUGAGUAUGUAUGCUAAGCAUUAUUUCUGGUAAUUGUAUUUUCUUCUAUGCAUUGCUCUAAAUUGCUAUUCCAUCGCUCUAAAUUGCUAUUGCAUUGAAUUAAAUUUAUUUUCUUUAACUUUAGCCAAAUGCAGUUAAUAUUAUUUUUAAAAUUGGAGAAUUCACAGAAGGUGUAUAUUUUUAUGAAUCCCGUUGAUUUAUGCAAGGAUUGAGUUGAGAACAGAUUUUUAAUGUUUUCUUAUGAUAAUUGAGUUAGAAAACUACCAUAGGUAUAUUCUGUUUACAGUUACUACAGAUACACCAGCCCAAGUGACCAACAGCGAAAUUGGCCUGAUUUUGGGAAUAGUGGCAGGAGUGUUUAGCUUAACAUUGGUUGUUAUAAUUGUAGUUUACCGCCGACACAGGUAAUUAUCUUGUUUUGACUGUUAGAUUUAAAGUUGAGCAGCUAUGGUUGACUAGAUCUUAAUAUAAAAAGGGCGUAUUGUGAUCAUAACUAUAGGUAUUAUUAACAUCUCUUUCUAUUUAAAAGAAAGAAAAAAAUCAAUCAUUUCUGACCUUAAAUUUCUUUCAAGAUUAAUGUUAAGGGAUCAAGACCCUAAUGCUAGUCAUCACCCAAUAUACAGAGGAAAUGGUCACAUCUCACCACCACCAAAUCAUGCUGGUCACCACACACCAGGAAAUGGACAUGCACACAUUAUAAGCAUGACCCAAGGAAACUAUGUUCAAGAUGUUACCAAUUUGCAUGAAUCAACGCCAAUGCUACAUCAGGUUAGUGUGCUGCUGGAUGCAAGUCAUUAAGAACAUAUCUGGUUAACAAAGUAAGUCUUGUGGUAUAUGAGCUCCAUUUUGGUUGCUUUGCCAGAAAGAAGGGGAAAAAAAGUUGCAGAAAUUUUAUAUCUUAAUUUUUAAACUUCGCUUUUUCAAUUGAAUUUUCUUUUAGUUCAUUAUAAGUUUGUUUCAACUCCUGUACAGAUACCUGAAAAUGAGCAAUCAGACUCCAAGGGUGGAUGUGACAUUAUUACACCAAAUGGUCUUCGUCCAAAUGGCUUUGUUAAAGCAAACCAUAAGUUGGUUGGUCAAACAAUUAUCUCACGAUCCUCCGGAGACCUAAAUAGCAGCAAUAACUCUGAGGUAAUUUUUAAAAAUACAUUUAUAAAAAUGAAUUUCUUUAGUUCUGGUAUUUUAUUUUGAAGGGCUUUUUAAAAGAUAAUUUCACUUGAAGCAUUUUCUGUACAUAUAUACAUUUAGUAGAAUGUACAUUUUCCGAACUAAUUUGGGAUGGGGAUGUUUCGGAUAACAAAUUUUUUUGAUCACUCAACAUCCCUUCAGAAAAAGUUAAUCAAGUUAAUGCAUAGAAUACAAAAUAUUCUUACUUUAUAGGUAUAUACGUAUUGUGCGUUAUUGCAGGUGUCAGUAACUUACCCUCUUCCUGCAAGAUAUGGUCAGAGCUAUUAUUAAUGGCAUGUGGACUAUAAAAAGAUAAUAAUAAAUGACUAAGAAUACAUCUUAUCAGUUGACAUAAAGGUUGUUGGCACUCUAAGUGUCAAAACCAGUGAGGACUGUAAUGUUUUAUCUGAGAAAAGAAGUCAUUUCCAAAAUUAGGUGACUGGUGCUUAGAUUUUUAAAAAAUAAUUACAAGUUUGCAGAUCCAAUUCUUCGAGUGACUUAUGACGUAUAUUUUGUUGGGUUACGCCAUUUCCCGUCGCCUAUGCAAAAUUUAGGUUUUCAAUUGGCUCCCAAUGUUAAAUUCUAACAAGUACUCUUCGAAAUAGAGAAUACAAAAAUAAAUAAAAUAAAGGGUUGGGUAAAAAUAACACAUUGCAUCAAUGUCAUGCCGCCGAUGGGUCUCCAUAUGUCUUUGAUUUCAGAGUUUCUCUUCCCUUAGAUAAGUUGCCAUUCAAGGUUGAGUCUCAUCCACCAUAUAUGUGUGUGUAUAAGCUCAAUUUGUCUUCUCCAAAUAUUGGUAAAAAGAUAUGAUUCUGAAAUUGUGACAUCAAAAUCUCUGCAUACAGAUUUAAUUUGGUAUGCAUAGUCUCAUGGGUUCAACUCAGUUUGGGAAUUUUAGGGAAAGUUUUUAACUUUGGAAAAUGUUUUUGGCACCCCUUUUUAGUUCAAAUGAUAUAGACAGUAUAAAACCCCUUCCCAAAAUAAAUAAUUUUUCCUUUUGACAUUGGGCUAUGACAAUAAAGUUCAGGGAUCAAAGCACUUAGGCUGUGAAGUCAUUUUGGUUUAAAAAUGGGCAAAUUAAAACAUAUUUUCUUACUGUGCAUUAUCAUUUUAUUUUGGUAGGUUGUUUCUCUUGUUAUUUUAUAACUACAGGUCGUGUUUAACUUGAAAUCGUGUUAUGAAGAAUACUUUCAGCAAAGAUAGGUUUUCAAAUUAAAAAUUUCAAAACCCUAAAAAUUAAGCCUUUAUUUAUGUAAAGUUACACUUAGGUAUGCUAUGUUUUGCCAGGAUUUCAAUCUGAAACAUUCAAGUUAUGCUUUUAUACUUAGUACUAAUCACCUUCUCAAAGUAUAAGAAUGUUCUCACUGCUCUAUAUUUCCAGGAACUCCAGGGACUGAUGGCAGCUAUGUUAACUUCAACUGAUGGAAGUGACACAUUGGCCAGUAGCAUUGAGUUGAUUCCAAUGUCUUCACUAGAUGAUAUUGAUCAUAAUGAUGAUGAGCUUGGUGACCACAGCAGUGAAGACAGUGGGACUGGCUGUAGGCGUGCUGGCAUGCCGUGCAGUGAACUCCACCCAAAUGGUUCUAGUCCUGCAAGCUCACCUGGAGGAAGUAGCAAGCAUAGAGGUUGGGAGAAGGGACGACAAGUAGAUGAAAUUGGAGGGGUUUUCAUCGAUAGAUCAACGGG